AUGGCCCAGUCACCUCCUCCUCCCCAGGGCCUCCCGGGCCUCGACCACUGGGUCUUCGCCCAGGGCUGGGGCUGGGCCCCGCAGCACUCGGACUCCACGUCCCCGGCCUCCUCCUCCGAUUCAUCCGGAUCGUGUCCCUGCUACAUCCCCCGCUGCCCCACGCAGUCCGCGGGACUGGCCCGCGGCACCAGCAAAGCCCAGGCGGCCCCGACGGCCGCGCCCCGACGUGCACGGCCCGCGCCCGCGGGAGGCCAGCGGCAGAGCGCCAGCGAGCGCGAGAAGCUGCGCAUGCGCACGCUCGCCCGCGCGCUGCACGAGCUGCGCCGCUUCCUGCCGCCGUCCGUGGCGCCCGCCGGCCAGAGCCUGACCAAGAUCGAGACGCUGCGCCUGGCCAUCCGCUACAUCGGCCACCUGUCGGCCGUGCUGGGCCUCAGCGAGGACAGUCUGCAGAGCAGGCGCCGGCGGAGCGCGGACACCGCGUCCUCUCACCGAUGCCCUCUGUGCCCCGACGGUGGCCCCUCGCCGGCUCCGAUGCUUGCCCCUGGCCUGGGAUCAGCCAUCAGUGGUGGGGUGCCCUGGGGGUCUCCUCCCGCUUGUCCUGGACCCCGAGUCUCACCGGAAAACCUUGGGAGCAGGAUCUCCAACGUGGAUCCUUGGGUGACACCUCCCUAUUGUCCCCAAAUACAGUCACCCUUGAACCAGCCCCUAGGGAGAGCCCCUGACACCUCUCAGUGGACACCACCCCAAGCCUGUUCUGGCGUGCAGACAUCCCCAGAGCCCAGGAACAAGGCUGGACCCUGGUCACCACCCACUGCUCCUGAAGAGCUGACUCAAGUGUACCAGGUCCCAGGUUUUCCAAUGAAGGGGAGGAUGAACGGAGCCUUAUUGGCAGCUGUAGGGGAAGAGAUGAGGCCUUGGGAAGUUCAGACCACUGCCACUGUUACCGUCAGGGCUGUGCGACAGCCUCCACAGCCCGGGGAAGAGAGGAUGAUGGCCCUCGGGUUUACACAGGGGCCAGGGUGGAAGGUGAGGGCUGCGCAGGAGUGAGUGAAGCCCGGGGGGUUGGCAGCACUUCCUGAAUAGAUUCUUCUGGAGUUGGUGACCUAUGGGUCUGCUUUGAGGUUUAUUCAUUCAUAGAUGUCUUGUGGUCCACAAAAGAUUAUAUUAAUGACUAAGUUUCACCGAGCAAUCACUGUUUGCCUAUACCAUUCCUUGUACUUUACCUGUAUCUGUUUAUUCAUCCCUGCUAAUACAGCCCUAUAAAGCAUUAGCAUCCCCAUUUUACAGGUGGGAAAACUGAGAUGGAGAGGCUUCUUUCUCAUAGCUAGUGAGUAGCAGGGCUAGGAUUUGAAGGUUGGCAGUGUGUCUCCAGAACCAGUGAUCUUGACCUCUGCGCCCUACUGCACUGUUGGGGCCCUCCAGACACCACCAGCUACACUCUGGGGAAACAGCCAGGUUUAAAAUCUGCAAUCAGUGGCCAGGGAGCAAGCCCUUCUUGUUU